AUGAAUAUUGAUCCUCAAAUUGGGACUAGUCGAUCAAAUUCUCUUCAAAUUCCAACGACAAGUGUAGAUGGUGAUGGAUCUUAUACUUCAUCAUAUAAUAAUAAUGAUGAAUUUGGAAAUUUAACCACAACAAUUUUUCAACCAAUUGUACCCGAAGAAUUAUCACCAAUAAUUGUUAAUCAACCAACUGCUACAAUGAUUACACCUUUUAGAUUAGGAAAAUCCAGAGAAGAAAUGUCACCAAAGGAAUUAAUUGAUUUUGUAAUAAGUCCUGUUCCACAAUGUCAAAAAGUUCUUUGUAAGAUUACUCGUAGUAAAGAAGGUUUUGGUAAAUUAUAUCCUCAAUAUGAACUUUAUAUUGAAGAAAUAGUGGAAGCUGGAGAAGAGGAGAAGAAAACAUUUCUUCUUUCAGCAAGAAAAAGAAAAAAUAGCAAAAGUUCAAAUUAUGUAAUUACUAUAGAUAAACUUGAGACAGGAAUAAUUCCUAAAAAUACUGUAGGAAAAGUAAGAUCAAACUUUUUGGGUACAGCUUUUGCUAUAUAUUCAAAUGGUAGAAAUCCUUUCAAAAAUGAACCAAAUUUAGACAAUAAAUCACCUAUAAGAGAAGAAUUAGGAGCUGUUGUUUAUGAUCCAAAUAUUCUUGGAUUUAAAGGACCACGAAAAAUGACAGUUUUAUUAACAGGAAUGACAAGGUCAGGUCAACGGCCAGACUUUCGUCCAAUCAAGGAAUCACAAACAUUGAUUGGAAAAUUUAGAAAUGGUGAUCAUCGAGAUAUAUUAGUUUUACAUAAUAAAUCACCACAAUGGAAUGAAGAAACACAAUCAUAUGUUCUUAAUUUUAAUGGUCGAGUAACUUUAGCAUCAGUAAAGAAUUUUCAAAUUGUGCAUGAUAAUGAUUUGGAUUAUAUUAUAAUGCAAUUUGGUAGAGUUGAAGAAGAUACUUUUACCAUGGAUUUCAUGUAUCCAAUGUGUCCUCUCCAAGCUUUUGCAAUUGCUUUAACAAGUUUUGAUGCAAAAUUAGCAUACAAUUCUACUAAUUCAUCAAAUAAAGAAAUUGCAGUGAUAACAGGUGGAACUCGAGGAAUUGGUUAUGCUAUAAGUCAAAAGUUUGCACAAAAUGGUAUAAGAUGUGUUAUACUUGGGCGAAAUAAAGAAACAAUAGAAAAUUCAAUAAAUAAUAUAAUGAUGAUAAAUGAUUUAGAACAUGUAGGAAUGGUUUGUGAUGUUAGAAAUUAUGAAGAAAUUGUAAAUAAUAUUUCAAAACUUGGAAAUAUUAAUUAUUUAAUCAAUGCAGCUGGAAUUUCAAGUGAUAACUUAGUUGUCAAAUUAAAAGAGCAAGAAAUUAAUAAUAUAAUUCAAACAAAUUUAUUUGGAACAAUUUUCAUGUGUAGUAAUAUUGUUAAAUAUAUGAUUAAACAAAAACAAGGUGGCUGUAUAAUUAAUAUUUCAAGUGUGAUUGGAAUUAAUGGUAAUGUGGGUCAAUCUGUAUACGCUGCAUCAAAAGCUGGAAUAAUAGGAUUUUCUAAAUCAUUAGCUAAAGAAUUAGGAUCCAGAAAUAUUAGAGUUAAUAUUAUUGCUCCAGGAUUUAUAGAAACUGAUAUGAUUUCAGCUUUACAUAGAUUUGGUAAACCAGAGGAUAUAGCUGAUGCAGCAUCAUACUUAGCUAAAGCUCAAUUCAUAACUGGACAAAUUAUCAUUGUUGAUGGUUGUCUAAAUAUUUAA